AUGACCCAGUCUUCUUUUGCGAAAAGGGCCAAACGAAAGACCACACGCAAGAUGAGUUUCGUAGCGGAGGUCGAGAAACACACAACUUGGUUUGUCUGGCUUCUUGUGGCUUGUUGUACUAUAUCAGGGUUGUUGUUUGGUUAUGAUACUGGUGUAAUAUCUGGUACUCUAGUUACUAUCAACGGGGAUCUUGGGCCGGCUCAGUUAUCAGACGGACAGAAGGAAUUUAUCACGUCAUCCACUACAUUGGGUGCAUUACUCGGGGGCCUUGCUGCCGGUGCAAUGUCAGACUGGACGGGCCGUCGUCCCGCCCUUGGCAUAGCAGACAUUAUCUUCGUCGGCGGAGCUCUCGGACAGGCAGUCUGUCGUACCGUUUGGAGUAUGAUUGGUUGCCGGUUUCUCAUCGGUAUCGGCGUUGGUCUUGCAUCGUGCAUCGCUCCUCUUUAUAUACAAGAGCUGUCGCCUACACGCAUGCGCGGGCGCAUGGUCGUGUUGAACGUUGUAAUGAUCACCUUUGGGCAGGUGCUUGCUUAUGGAAUCGACGCAGGCUUUGCCAAUGUGAGUGGUGGUUGGAGGUGGAUGGUUGGACUUGGUACCUGUCCAGCUGGUAUUCAAUUGAUAUGUUUGGGAUUUUUACCGGAGAGUCCAAGAAUACUUAUCCGGAGAGGCGAUUUGGAGGCCGCGCAUAGAGUGUUAGAACGUGUCUACUCGCAGGCCACAGCUGAGCAGAUUGAUCUACAGCUUCAGGUUCUUCGCGCAUCGGUACAGCAGAGUAUCGAAAUCGCAAACUCUACAACUUUCUUUGAGCGCUUCAGCUCCAUGAUCACCGUUCCCGUAAAUCGUAGAGCACUGAUCAUUGGAUGCGGCAUGCAAGCGUUCCAACAACUUUGUGGAUUCAAUACACUAAUGUAUUACUCCGCAUCGCUAUUCCAGGAGAUAGGUUUCAACCAGCCCACAGCAGUUGGACUCAUUGUCAGUGGGACAAAUUUCAUCUUCACACUUUUUGCGUUGAAGUAUAUUGAUAUCGUCGGACGACGGAGGAUCAUGGUGUUCUCCGCACCUGGCAUGAUUUUUGGCCUCGCCCUUGCCAGCAUCGCAUUCCAUUACAUGACCCUGCAUACAGGUGGCGAUCUGGUCAGUGGCGUGUCUUACUCCAGAUCAUGGUCCGCGGUUGUUCUGCUCUCGAUGAUCAUCUUUGUCGCAUCGUAUGCAACGGGUUUGGGAAAUGUCCCGUGGCAGCAAGGAGAGCUCUUUGGUCUCGAAGUCCGCGGCAUUGGCACAUCGCUCUCGACUGCGACAAACUGGGCUGGCAACCUUCUCAUCGGCUCUACAUACCUCUCUCUCAUGGCCAAAAUUACCCCUGCUGGUGCAUUUGGGUUCUACGCAGGGUUGUGCUUGUUAGGAUGGCUGUUUUGCUUGUUCUUCUUCCCUGAGACUGCUGGGCUGAGCCUCGAGGAGGUCCAGAGCAUCUUUCAGGAUGGUUUUGGUAUUCGAGAAAGCCAGAGAAUGAGGGAUAAAAAGCGAGAGAUGCAGAUGCAGAAAGAGAUUCAAGCGGGGCGGGGGGAUGCAUGA